GCCAGGAGGAGUAUAGCUGAACGCAUGCAGGGGCGGUCCGCGUGACUCCUAUUUUACGUUUAUUUCCCGGUGACGUAAUGAUACUUGGGCUGCAUUGAAACCAAAGGAAUGCGACACAUCGUUAUCUUUUUAUAGGUUAUUUUCGUAUUAUUUAUGCCCGCCGUGUGUAAUUUUUAGUUUCCUUUCCGGCGUUGUAUGUCCAUCGGCCACCGUUUCACUGUAGAGGAAAAACUUUGUUUCAUGUCACUUUAGGGAGUCUCGCGCUCCUCUCCCAGCGCGAGCGAACCUGACGGGAUCUUUUCCUCGGUUGUUGUGUCGCUCGUGGGUCUGAAAUGAUCUCAGAUGGAUUAUUGUUUCAUCGGUAGACAUUGAGGUCCUGAUGUUUCUUGGCCCCCACCAUGUUUACCAAGAAGAAGAAGUCUCGUAUCCAGAUCUCGGCUCCCUCCAACUUCGAGCACCGCGUUCACACCGACUUCGACGAACAGGAGCAGAAGUUCGUGGGGUUGCCGCGGCAAUGGCAGUCACUGAUCGAGGACACGGCGAAGCGACCCAAGCCCUUCAUCGACGUGAACAUCAUCACCACCGUGGAGCCCCGCAAGGUCAGGGGUCAGGGGUCAGGGGUGAACAUCACCACCACCGUGGAGCCCCGCAAGACCAUCGUGCGGGGCAGCAAGAUGGGGGUGGAUGGCUCCCUCACCUGGCUGCUGGAUGAGUUUGACACCAUGUCCGUGACGCGCUCCAACUCCCUCCGCCGAGGAAGCCCCCCCACACAGCCUCGCAGAGGCUCCGCCUCCUCCGGGGGGGGCCACGAGAACGGAGACCCCCCCCUCCGCCCCCAAAUCCCGCACCCCGAUCGCCACGGAGACAGGGAUCGGCCCAGGCCUGACCACCAGGGGGCCGGAGACCCCCAGCGGCCCUCCCAGCGCGCCUCUCGCCCCCCCAGGGAGACGGAGGGCCGUCCACAGCAGCAGCCCCGCGGCCAGGAGCCCGGCAGGCCCCGGGGGGACCGCCCUGGGGCCCCCCCGCCCCCACCACAUCGAGACCGAGAGCCCCGCGGCCCCAGGGAGCCUCAGGAGGAGGUGGUGCGCAGGGAGGGGCCCAGCGAACGCAGACCCAAGUCCAGCUACGCGGGCCGGGAUGGGGGCCCCCAGUCCCCCCGCGAUAAGAGGCCCCUGUCGGGCCCCAACAUCCGCACCCCCAACCUCCCGGUGACGGAGGGUGUGGUGAAGGCGGCCCAGCAGACAGGACGGCCCUUCAACACCUACCCUCGCACCGACAGUGAGGGGGGGCGGAGCCCCACCAGCCAGGAGAUAAAACCCCCUCGACCUCACGAAGCCCCGCCCCACAACGGCCCCGGCCCCGCCCGCGGCAAAGCCCCGCCCCCUCACCACCACCCCCACCACUCCUCUCACCCCACCCUGGGCCCUGAGCCCCCCCACGCCCCCAGGCCCCCCGGCCCGGCCCCGGCCCCCGGGCACCCCCCCCAGCAGGCCCUGUCCCCCCAGCGGGAGCCCCAGAGGGUGUCCCACGAGCAGUUCCGUGCAGCGCUGCAGAUGGUGGUGGACGCCGGGGACCCCCGCUCCUACCUGGACCACUACAUCAAGAUCGGAGAGGGCUCCACCGGGAUCGUCUGCAUCGCCACCGUCAAGAGCACCGGCAAGCUGGUGGCCGUUAAGAAGAUGGACCUGCGCAAGCAGCAACGCAGAGAGCUGCUCUUCAACGAGGUGGUGAUCAUGCGGGACUAUCAUCAUGACAACGUGGUGGAGAUGUACAACAGCUACCUGGUGGGGGACGAGCUCUGGGUCGUCAUGGAGUUCCUGGAGGGGGGGGCUCUGACCGACAUCGUCACACACACCAGGAUGAACGAGGAGCAGAUCGCCACAGUGUGUGUGUCGGUGCUGAAGGCUCUGUCGGUGCUGCACACCCAGGGCGUCAUCCACCGGGACAUCAAGAGUGACUCCAUUCUGCUCACACACGACGGCAGAGUGAAGCUGUCAGACUUUGGCUUCUGUGCUCAGGUGUCAAAGGAGGUCCAGAGGAGGAAGUCCCUGGUGGGAACCCCGUACUGGAUGGCCCCAGAACUCAUCUCCCGCCUGCCCUACGGACCUGAGGUGGACAUCUGGUCCCUGGGGGUGAUGGUGAUAGAGAUGGUGGAUGGGGAGCCCCCCUACUUUAACGAGCCCCCCCUGAAAGCCAUGAAGAUGAUCCGCGACAACCUGCCGCCUAAACUGAAGAACCUCCACAAGGUGUCUCCUCUCCUCAAGGGCUUCCUGGACAGGAUGUUGGUUCGAGACCCCGCCCAGCGGGCCACAGCCAGUGAGCUGCUGAAGCACCCCUUCCUCAGCAAGUCUGGGCCUCCCUCCUGCAUCGUGCCCCUGAUGAGGCAGAACCGGAUGAGAUGAGAGCCUCCGCAGCCCCGGCCUCUGGGGGGCAGCGUAGCGGGGGCACUGUGCUCCACGGCCCCCUCCAUUUAGGACUAGCUCAGUGUAGCGUAUAGAGGGGGGGGAGGGGAGGACAGCUCGGUCGCUCUCAGCUUUUAAUCUGGUCAAUCCUGUUUUGUUUUUUCAAACGAGAGAACUUUCUGGAAAAAGAAAAGGAACUCGAUAUUUCGCCCCUCUUUGUGUGUGGGGUUCACUUCCGGACACGUUUGUGGAGGCGAGGGGUUUUCAGUGCCUCGGACUGAUGCUGGGAAAGGGCUCGGAGCUCGCAAGCUCAUUGGCUGUCUGAUGGGCGGGGCCACACUGUAAGCAUCCCUAUUGGACAGGUUGAAAACCCCAGCUUCCUCACUUCAGGACAUCACUACAAGUCCCAGACUCAACUAUUAAAACUACAAACAAGAUGGAACAUGCUACUACUGAAGGAGGACUCUGCUUUUCUCUCUAAGAUAUGAAUCGUAUGGAUCUUUUUAUAUGGAAACAAACUCUAGGUUACAAACGGUUACACAGAAACACUAAGCAAAGGUUAACACUGGAGUUGUGUUUUUUUAUAGAUGAUUUUUCUUUUCCUGUGUAAGUAUGAUGAACAUAGAGAUAUAUAUAUCAGUUUGACAUGUUGUACCUUCUCUAUUUUGCCAUUUUUCUGAUUUUGUUUUUUUGAUUACAGUAACGAUGACUUUGUAACACUGUCAUGAGAUAGAAGCUGCACUCCGAUUGGUUCCCACACAGGAAAUAGAGUAGUUAAUUUGAAGAAACUUCUUUUCCCCUGUGUGGUUUUAAAGCAUCAUGUGAAGUGACCGUAAAGGCAGAGUUUUAGCUGUGUUGUAGGGAAGUUUAUUUUUUCUCUUGUGAUCAGCGAUGCAGGUUUCGCCCCCUUCAACUUCCUCAAUCCUGCGCUGCAGACUUGAACUGUUAAUCGGUCCAUAGCACACACACACACAUUAGGACCUCUCCAAAUCUAAAGUAGCUUUCUCCCAGAAAAGCUGUUUCUGUUCAGAACAGCUGUGUGUGUGCAUGUGUGCGCGUGUGUGUGUGGUUAUGUGUGUGUGUGUGGUGGAAGACAGUGAAUGUAGCUGAGUCACAGGUGUGUGCAGCUGUUUAAAGGGCUCACUUAGUGUGUCAGGAAGUGGACCCUCCCUGACACACUGAGUGGUAAGUCUAGUCUAGUCCACUGUGCUGCUGCUGCAUGGGUGGUGCACAGUGUAGCAACCACCAGACCCAUGGGCCUACAAACACACACACACACUCACAACCACACACACGCUCACACACACUCACACACACACACAACUUGCCAAACGUACUCAUCUGCUUCCUAGAGCUGAACACAAAAGCCCAGUCAUCACAUUCCACACACACACACAUUGUCAUCCUACCGCGAUGCAGCUUACACACACACACACACUUCCCUCUCCUCUGCUUUCCAGGGUUCCUCGCUGGUGACUCCAGAACGACAGGAGAACCACACACUCCCCAGAGCAGAGGGGGAACCCUGAUAGGAGAAGAUGUAGAUGCGAGCAGCAGAUGGUCCACAGCUGCACGUAGUGACCAAAGAUAGAGAGGCCUUAUUGUGACCUGCACAGCAGGAGGUGGGAUGGGAAAACCACACAUAGACUGCUUUUAGAGACACUCACUGUUGGGGUAAACCUGCACCAGAUAUUGCCCUUGGUUGCUUGUCCUGGGCUCACCCCACAACCUGAUUUUUGUAGAACUCUACCGCAGUGUGAGGAAGGUAUGGUCUCUGACUGGUUUGGACUUUUGAGUGUGAUGUCACGUUUUGACAAGGAUGUUGUAACUGCCAGUGCUACUAGUUAUUUGAUCAGUUGAUGUGUUGAAUACUUACUCUUGAUUGGUUGAUAGGUUGUAGACUGAGUCUUGAUUGGUUGGUGUCACCCACCUGUCAUGUAGCAGGGAAGUAGGACUUCAUACUGAUCCUCAGUUCUUCAGGAUGAACACUAGUGUGGGGGAUGGGGACAUGUCUGCCAGUGGGACACUGGAUGAGCACCAGGGAUAGUGAAGGGCCAGUUUACCAGAGCUAGGUUUCAAACGGAGCGUGGGAUGAGUUCAUGGGGAGGGUUAUUCCAGGAUUAGGCUUCAGUCUGGUUCGAGAAACUGUCCUGUUGGUGUCACUGUUGUGGUUUUGUAAAGAAACUGGAUGAUUUGCUACUAGCAGAUUGUGUGUGUGUGUUUGUCCUACUCUAUCCAUGCUCAUCCAGAAUGAUAAUAGAAAAGGGGGGUGGGAAAGUUGACUCAUAGAAAGACAAUCAAACGAGGGCUGGGUUAAGGAAUUCACUGUUUGAACACUAUCAACACGGUCUGUAAAUGUUCCCAUCCAUGCUGUUUAUUACUGACACUUCUGUCAUUACACACCUUUUUCCAUAGUGUAUAUUUAACAUCACUUAACUAAUACCUCCAGAUGAAAGUUCAGCGCAAACUGUGUGAUUUAACGAUUAUUUUUAUAAUCAAAUGCUGUAUAAACAUGAAUGCCAAAACAUUCUAGAAUAUCUCAAACCGAAUAGACUAAACAUUCCUAUGGAUGAAUCACAUUCUAGAUUCCUUCCUUCCCAGUCGGUCGUUCCUCCUUGUCCUCGGAACAUUCUAGAAUCCGCCUCUUCCCUUCUCAGCGGUCAGUUUCUCUGACGUAGUCAUAACUAUCGAUUAUUGCCAACGAACAAUUGUAGCUGUAGUCAACAACUGAUUCAUCUCGCGUCUGUGUGGGUAUGUGAAGCCUGUUCGUGUGAUUUUUUCAGCCAUGCAACUGUAUAUUUAUAAUAAUUAGUUAUUUGAAACGGAUCGGUUCCAGCAACACCCUCACAGAUGUGAACGCGACAUUCCUGUUGUUUUUAAAGUGUAUCGUUAUGUCAGGGUUUUGUGCAGAUUUAACACGGUUAGAUCCCUUGUUCGUUACACAUGUGAAUCAAAAUGCCUUAACGUUCUGACUGUUGAGCUGAUCAAUGUGAUUCCCUUCGUGACAGUUAAUGAGCUGUGUAGCUAUUGAUCGUUGAUGGUCUACAGACGUGCUUGUUUAAUAUGCCACAGAGGUAAAUACGCUGGUGGUUUCACUUUCAACCAAUUUAACAUUUAACGUAUCUGCAGGGCUUACAAGGGGAUUAUUGGCAAGAGUCAGGAAGGCUUGUAGUCUUCACGGUUCAUAUCAGUUCAAAGGUCACACUGGUUAAGGUUCUGAGGCUGUUUCAAGCCCUCGUUCAGACCGUCGUUUGAAAAGUCAGAACGCUGACAGGCGGAAUUCUCCCCCAUCGUUCUAGAAUUCGGGGGCAUGGAUUUCCGUGAAGUCAUUCUGUCCAGGAGUAGAAUGCUGCCAUGGGAUUGUGAUCAAAGGUGAAAUCUGUGGAGUAGUUAUUAAUCCACGGUUGUUGUUUAUUUAAUCCCGCCCUACACCGUCGAAUGGGAGGACGUUCGAUAGAAUGGUCCCCCGUGUACCGACACAGGCCACAUAGGAGAGAUGGCCAACUCUUGCUUCUCAUCACGACACUGAUGAUGAUGAUGACUUGGAUAAAUGUUUGUGUGAUGUCCUCCAUCUUGACUGUUGUUUUCCAUUUCAUUCAUGCCUUUUUUCUGAUUCAGUUUCAAAGUGCGUCAGUUUUGUCAAGUUUGAGUCAUCGAGUCCCAACAGCCCUGCAUUUUCAGUAACUUUUUUUUCUCCAACUGUUAUUGUAAAGAUAAAAUAAGACUUUCUUCUGCAGAUUUUCCAUGUUUUGCAAAAUACAGUUUUUUUUCUUCUAAAAUCUAA